AUGUUUGUGAGAAGAUUAGCCGCAUUUAAGCCUAUGCCAUUCGCGAGGAUGUUCACCUCGUCCAUCAAGGACUAUCCUAUUGACGGGUUUUUCACUGCUAAGACUUAUGCCAUUGUGGGAGCUAGCAAUAAGAAGGGAACGCUGGGUAACAUCAUCGCAGAGAAUUUUGUGCAGAAAUACAAGGGUGAUGUUGUGUUUGUGAAUCCGAAAGGCGGAGAGCUGUUUGGAAAGAACAUUUACAAGUCCGUGAAGGACAUUGACCACAAGGUGGAGGGAGCCGUCGUCGUUGUUGCUGCCAAGUUUGCUGUAAACACGGUGAAAGAACUCAUGGAGAAUGGAGCGAAAUGGAUCACGAUCAUUACUGGCGGUUUCAAGGAAUCGAAGACCCCUGAAGGUAUUGCUGCUCAGGAGGAGAUUGUGCGUUUGGCUAAGGAACAUCACUGUCGUAUCAUCGGACCGAACUGCAUGGGAGUAUACGAUCCGCAGAGCGUCGAUACGAUGUUUUUGCCGGCCAUCGGCCUUGCCAAGCCCAAAUUUGGUCCCGUUGGUGUAUUCUCGCAGAGCGGAGCCUUGGGCGUGACGCUGCUGAACGAGCUGGCUGGCCGCACGAAUGAAGGCUGGAUCUCGAAGUUCAUUUCCUUCGGCAACGCGUGCGACGUGGACGAGCUGGACGCUUUGAAGUACUACGCCACGGAGCCGACGAUCCAGCAGAUCUGGUCGUACCUGGAAGGCUUCCACAACGGCCCCGCGUUCAUCAACGCCGUCAAAGAAGCCACGCAGAAGAAGCCGGUUCUGCUCAUGAAGGCGAACCGCGGCGCUGCAGGAGCCAAGGCGUCGGCGUCGCAUUCGGCUUCGCUGGCGGCGAACGACGCGGUGUGCGACCAGCUUCUGAAGAACGCGGGCGUGAUUCGCUGCGACGUGUGGAAGGACAUGCAGAACAUCGGCACGAUCAUCCGCAACCAGCCGCUCCCGCAGGGCCGCCGUGUGGCCAUCGUCACCGACGCGGGCGGCAUGGGCGUGCUCAUCGCGGACGCCGUGGACGCGUACAACCUCCGCCUGGUGGACUUCUCGCCGUCGACGGUGUCCAAGUUCCGCGCGACCUUCCCGCCCUACUACCAGUGCGCCAACCCCAUGGAUCUGACGGGCUCUGCGAAGACGGAGGACAUGCUCAAGGCGGGCAAGCUCGCGCUCGACGACCCCAACAUCGACGCGGUCAUCAUGGGCGUGCAGCCCAUCGCGCCCGGCUUCGCCGACCCCGACAAGCUCGCCGAGAUCCUCGUCGACCACUUCGGGCCCGGCAAGACGAAGAAGCCCUUCCUGGUGGUGGAGUUCGGCGGAAAGCACAACGACGACCGCAUGAUGCGGACCAUCAUGAAGGAGAAGGGAAUGGCCGUCUACCCCGGAGCCGAAGAGGCGCUGCGCGCCUUGGACAAGCUCGCCGGCUACACCGAGUACCUCGAGGCGCGCAAGCAGAUCACCACGCAGACCUUCCCGGAGAUGGACAUCCCCGCGAUUACGGGUCUGUUUGACCGGGUGCUGGCGAAGGGACGCAAGACGCUGACCGAGGUGGAGGGCUACGACGUGUUCACGCUCUGCGGAAUCAAGACCCCCGCGUACAAGGUGUUUACCCGCGGGACGGAGGCGGCGGACUUCGUGGCGAAGCAGCUGGAGAGCGGGUCGAAGAAGUUCGUGGCGAAGGUGGUGUCUCCGGACAUCAUCCACAAGACGGACGUGGGCGGCGUGGCGCUGAAUUUGAAGGACCCCGAGACGGUGCAGCAGACGGUGGAGGCGCUGCACGCGAAGUUCAGCAAGCAGGACGUGGAGUACCACGGCAUUAUGGUGAGCGAGAUGGUGCCGAAGGGACUGGAGAUGAUGAUCGGAGCCAACCGCGACGCGACGUUCGGGCCGAUCACGGUGUCUGGAUUGGGCGGCGUGCUGGUGGAGGUGCUGAAGGACGUGGUGUUCAACAUGUGUCCGGUGAGCGUGGAGGACGCGCAGUUCUCGCUGCGCCAUCUGAAGAACACCAAGCUGGUGAACGGCUUCCGAGGCCAGCCCGCGCUGAACAAGCCGCUGUUCGCGCAGUACAUCUCGUCGCUGUCGCGGAUUAUGGAGCAAUGCCCGCAGGUGUCGGAGAUCGAUAUCAACCCGCUCAUUCAGUCGCACGAUGGAUCGAUGGUGGCUGUGGAUUCUGUGUUCCGUUUAAAGAAGUUAUAA